CGGUGUUACUAAAAACUAGAUAGAAUAUGUCAGAUGCAGAUAGCAGGCGAUUGGUAACGCAGGAUCAGCAUGAGCUGCAGACGGUGCGCGUUGGUCAGGGCAAUGGAACGUCCAGCGAUAAUCCGAGCGUGGAUACCACGCCCAAGCUGUCCAAGCGCAACAGUUCCGAGCGCAGUCUGCCGCUGCGCAGCUACAGCAAAUGGUCGCCCACGGAGCAGGGCGCAACGUUGGUCUGGCGCGAUCUGUGCGUGUACACCAAUGUAGGCUCCGCACGUGGCAUGAAGCGUAUCAUCAAUAACUCCACAGGCGCUGUGCAGCCAGGCUCGCUGAUGGCUCUGAUGGGCGCAAGCGGCUCGGGCAAGACGACGCUAAUGUCAACACUCGCCUAUAGGCAGCAAGGUGGCACUGUGGUUCAAGGUGAUAUUCUGAUCAAUGGCCGGCGCGUUGGACCCUUCAUGCAUCGCAUCAGCGGCUAUGUGUACCAGGAUGAUCUCUUCAUUGGCGCACUCACCGUGCUGGAGCAUUUGAACUUUAUGGCCAAUCUACGCCUGGAUCGGCGCGUCUCAAGCGAAGAGCGUCGUCUUAUUAUCAGGGAGCUGUUGGAGCGCACGGGUCUGCUGUCCGCCUCGAACACACGGAUUGGCUGCGGCGACGAUGAGAAGGUGCUCUCCGGUGGCGAACGCAAACGCUUGGCCUUUGCCGUCGAACUGCUCAACAAUCCGGUGAUUCUGUUCUGUGACGAGCCCACAACCGGGCUGGACUCGUACAGCGCACAGCAGCUCGUGGCCACGCUGCACGAGCUGGCCCAGAAGGGCACCACCAUACUGUGCACCAUUCAUCAGCCCAGCUCCCAGCUGUUUGACAACUUCAACAAUGUGAUGCUCCUCGCGGAUGGCCGUGUGGCAUUCACGGGCUCGCCGCAGCACGCGUUAAGCUUCUUUGCGGACCACGGCUACUACUGCCCGGAGGCCUACAAUCCGGCGGAUUUUCUCAUCGGUGUCUUGGCUACAGAUCCUGGCUAUGAGCAGGCCUCCCAGCGCUCCGCGCAGCAUUUGUGCGAUCAGUUUGCGGUUAGCUCAGCGGCCAAGCAGCGGGAUAUGCUGGUCAAUCUGGAGAUACAUAUGGCUCAGUCUGGCAACUUUCCCUAUGACACGGAACUGGACUCAUUCCGGGGCGUGGCCUGGUAUAGACGCUUCUAUGUAGUCUGGCUGCGUGCCACGCUGACGCUGCUCCGCGAUCCCACAAUUCAAUGGAUGCGAUUUCUGCAGAAGAUGGCCAUGGCCUUUAUCAUAGGCGCCUGCUUUGCGGGCACCACGGAGCUGACGCAACUGGGCGUGCAGGCGGUACAGGGCACGCUAUUCAUUAUGAUAUCGGAGAACACCUAUCACCCCAUGUACUCCGUGUUGAACAUCUUUCCACAGGGCUUUCCGCUCUUCAUGCGUGAGACACGCUCCGGCUUGUACUCCACGGCGCAGUACUAUGUCGCGAAUAUAUUGGCCAUGCUGCCCGGCAUGAUUAUCGAGCCGCUGCUGUUCGUGGUCAUCUGCUAUUGGAUUACGGGCCUGCGCGCCACCUUCUAUGCAUUCGGCAUUACGGCCAUUUGCGUGGUGCUGGUGAUGAAUGUGGCCACCGCCUGUGGUUGCUUCUUUUCCACGGCCUUCAACUCGGUGCCGCUGGCCAUGGCGUAUUUGGUGCCGCUUGAUUACAUUAUUAUGAUAACGUCGGGCAUCUUCAUCAAAAUCAGCUCCCUGCCUGUGGCAUUUUAUUGGACGCAAUUUCUGUCCUGGAUGCUCUAUGCGAACGAGGCCAUGACAAUUGCCCAAUGGUCGGGCGUGCAGAACAUCACCUGCUUUGGGGAGAGCGCGGACCUGCCAUGCUUCCACACCGGGCAGGAUGUGCUGGACAAGUACAGCUUCAGCGAGUCGAAUCUCUAUCGCAAUCUGCUGGCCAUUCUGGGCAUUUACUUUGGCUUCCAUCUGCUUGGCUACUAUUUCCUUUGGCGUCGUGCGCGCAAAAUUUAACGUGUCCUUCUGCUGUGCAUUGUCCUCUUUGUUUGUUUGCUUGUUUUGCUGUAAAUAAAUUUAAUUUCAUUUGCAUAAUAAAUUAUUAUUCAGUGGGCGAA